AUGAGUAGUACGCCGUUAAGUAAUAGGUUAGUUGUCGAAUUAAAUAAUUUUAAAUUUUUUGUAAAAAAACAUUUUUUUGCAGCUGCAGUCCCGGCUGCCCCGGCCUCACGUGUUGCUCCUGACAGCCCUAACGAUGAAAAUGUAGAUAGAGAUGCUGUUGCUCGUAUAGUAAAAGGUGUUGGUGAGGGAUGGUGUUGUCAUUUGGCCAAUAACUCAAUUGCUCUGUUCAUUCCAUCUAAAUUGUUUGACAUCACUUUAUCGCGUGAGCAUUUUGUCAAUCUUCUUGAAUACUGUGAAGAACAUCUUAAAGUCAAACGCGUCUUGGCCUGUUUUGACAAAUCGGAGAUUGACCCUCGUGAGGGGAUUCCACGCGCUCUCAAAUGUAUUGGCUUCUCCGUUCUUCCACCAAAUCGUUUUCCAAAUUGGCUUGAUCCGAAAACAACUUUUGCAAUGGUUUAUACAAUCUAA